AUGGAGAAAUUAAAUAGCUCAAUAGAUGUUUCAAAUGAAGUUGUAUUUUUUGUAUUAAAUGGAUAUGAUGAAGCCUUUCAUUAUUGCAAUCAAUCAAUGCAUGAAAUAGUUGCAUGCCAAAAAUCCCAGAUUCUUGACUACAAAAGUGAAAUUUUAGUUCUUUUGAUUGUCGGAAUAUUUGCAUUUGCUUUAUGCAUUUGUUUUAUGACCCCAUUUUGCUACUCUGCAAUAAAAAAUGAAAAUAUUCUGUGAAAUAAAAUAAGAAAGCAUGCAUAUAAGUAUUAUGAUAAGCUUUAUCAGCCAUGUAUUGAAAGACUUUCAAGUAUUCAUUCUAAACUUGAAACUACAGUUAACAAUGAGCUCCGAUUCAAAAAUGAUCAGAAUUUUAGAAAUUCCUGGAAAUACAUAUGGAGACUUUGUUUACUGCUAAUAGUAACUUCAGCGUUUUGUAUAGUUAGCAUAACUGUUUUUUAUGGCAUGCUCAUUAAAUAUUUAUACUCCAGGCCUGAGCUCAUCGAAAAUCUCCUGAAUUCUCAAAUCUUGCUUACAGAUUUAGACGUCUGAACUACAGAAGCAUCAUUAAAAAUCACUUCAUAUUCAAUAGAAGGACAAACUGAGUACCCAAACCCAUUCAGCAAUACUUAUAAAAAAUUCAUAGACUCAGUUUCUCGUAUAAAUGUGCAACAAAAGAAAAUAAGGGAUCCAAAAUAUUCUCCAAUUAUUUCUGACAGCUUUAAACAGCGUUUUUAUGAAGAGUAUGCAAAAAGUGAAAGAUUAGAGCAUAGGAUGGGUAGUUAUGCAGCUGAAGAAUACUCAAUAACCGAAGCUGAAUUUAUUAGCCGCUUUGAUGCUCAAUAUAUAAAUGAUUGGAUAAACUUAGUUGUUGAACUACAGGACUUGGAUUCUAUUUAUGAUGGCUUAAUUGAUAGCAUCAAUAAGUACUCUCUAAGCGUAAUCAAUCAGCAAAUGAAAAUAAUAAUUGCAGCUUUAGUUAUUUUUAUUAUAUGCUGUUGUGUGAUGUAUGCUUGCUUGUAUUUGACAUUUUUUAUAAAAGAAAAGCGAAAUUUGAAGAGAAUCAGUUCAAUGUUAGAAAUCAUGCCACAAUAA